UGCAGCUGAUGAAGAUGAACUCUGCUCGUCCUCCUCAGUCUGCAGACAGCAUGGCUCGCCUCGUAGAGUGUGUCCCCAACUUCUCCGAGGGCAGAAACAAAGAGGUGAUCGAUGCCAUCUCUGCAGCCGUCUCUCAGACCCCAGGCUGCAGCCUGCUGGACGUUGACCCCGGAGCCUCCACCAACCGCACAGUCUACACAUUCGUGGGUUCCCCUGAGGCGGUGGUGGAGGGGGCUUUGAGCGCUGCCCGACAGGCCUUUAGCCUCAUCGACAUGAGCAAACACUCAGGGGAACACCCACGGACUGGAGCGCUGGACGUCUGUCCCUUCAUCCCCGUCCAAAACGUCAGCAUGGACGACUGUGUCCACUGUGCCAACGAGUUUGGACGAAGACUGGCAGAGGUGUUGCAUGUUCCUGUCUAUCUUUACGGAGAAGCAGCUCGAACAGAAACGAGGAGGAACCUUCCAUCAGUGCGAGUCGGAGAGUACGAAGCUUUACCUGACAAGCUGAAACGUCCAGAGUGGGCUCCUGACUUUGGCCCCGCCCACUUUGUUCCAUCGUGGGGCGCCACAGUAACCGGUGCUCGAAAGUUCCUCAUCGCCUACAAUGUGAAUCUGAUCAGCACCAAAGAACAGGCUCAUCGCAUCGCACUGGACAUCCGCGAGCAGGGCCGAGGGAAGGACCAGCCUGGGCUCCUAAAGAAGGUACAGGGGAUGGGCUGGUACCUGGAGGAGUCCAACCUCGCUCAAGUGUCCACCAACAUCCUGGACUUUGAGCUGACCCCACUCCACAGCGUGUACGAGGAGAUCUGCAGAGCUGCGGAGGAGCUGAAGCUCCCGGUGGUCGGCUCGCAGAUCGUUGGUCUGAUCCCCCUGAAGGCUCUGCUGGACUCUGCAGAGUUCUACAUCAACAGAGACCAACUCUUCAUCAUGGAAGAGGAGCAUAAAGUCCGACUUGUUAUCAGUAAACUUGGCCUAGACUCUCUCGGCCCGUUUAAUCCAAAGGAGAGAAUAAUAGAGUACAUGGUGAGGUCACAGGAGGAGGAGGGGCUUGUGUCUCUGUCUCUGCGGCAGUUCGUUCACAGCGUUGCCGCUCGGACGGCGGCACCCGGAGGAGGGUCCGUUUCUGCAGCGAUCGCUGCUCUGGGGGCGGGGCUUGGUGCCAUGGUGGGACAGAUGACGUAUGGCAAGAGACAAUUUGACCAUUUGGACAGUGUGAUGAGGAAACUGAUUCCUCCCUUUCAUCAGGCCAUGGACGAGCUGCUGCUCAUGGUGGACAAAGACACGUCUGCCUUUAAUGGCUUCAUGGCGGCACUGAAGCUACCAAAGAACUCUGCUGAGGAAAUUAAAAGAAGAGACGCUGCCAUGCAGGAUGGUCUGAAGCAGGCUGUCUUUGUCCCCUUGGCUUUGGCUGAAAGGAUCAGUGUCCUCUGGCCGUCUCUGAGAGAAAUGGUUCUGUACGGAAACAUCGGCUGCAAAUCUGACGCUCAGGUUGCAGCUAAAGCUCUGGAGGCUGCGGUCUUUGGAGCGUACUACAAUGUGAUGAUCAACCUGAAGGACGUCACAGAUGAAGCCUUUAAACUGACUACACAAAGAAAAGUUUCUGCGCUCCUGCAGGAGGCGAAAGAAAACGUGACCUCCAUCCUGGAUGCUGCUGAGAAGAGAGGCUGAAAAGAUUGAUGUUAAUUAAAUCUCAAAUUACAAAAAGAAAAAAAACAGAAAAUAAACAAACACCUUUUGCUUAGAUUUAACUUCACUUUCAGGUCAACAAUUUGCACCACUACAUGUACUAAUGGUACUGAUAGUUUAUUAAGUAUACACAUGAUAUUUGUGAAUGUAGGUCAAUAAAUAUCCAAGUAUUUAAUAAAGCUACGGCCGCACAA